AUGACCACCAAGAGAGACCCAGCCAGGAGCAUCUUGCUCGUCGGUAGCGUGCCCGGUACAGACACUGAAGACGUGCUUCGCAGAUUGGUCCCGGCACUUGGAAGCCGUCUUAAGUACAUACCCGACGGUGAAACCGGCCAACGUAACUUCUUUAUCGGCUGGCAGAUUUACAAAUUUGGCGCAGCACCCGAGGUUGUCAGUCCGUUCGGCCAGAAUGGAAAAUUUGAAGAGACUCCAGUACCAGAGGAUAAGAUCAAAGAAGCAGCUGAAAAGCUUGAGGGAAUGUCGACCGACUACGAUACUGCAGCUCUCGAGUCGUACCCCAUUUUCAGGAGACUGAAGGAAGAAGGAGUGAUUCCUGAGGGCGUCAAGUUCCAGGUCUGCUUGCCUUCGCCUUUGACUUUUGUGUCUCCAUUCAUCGUUGGCGACUACAAGACUGCAAUCGAGCCAGUCUACGAGCGCGCUAUCCUCAGUGCUCUUAAGAAUAUCGUUGCGAGCAUUCCAAAGGAGGAGUUGGCCAUUCAGUGGGAUGUCCCCCUCGAGUUUGCUCUUCUUGAAGGCGUCUGGGUAAAACCCUGGUUCUCUCCUCUCAAGCAAGGAAUCUUGGACCGCUGGCUCAAACUAACUGCUGCGGUUGAUACAGCCGUCGACAUGGGCUUCCACUUCUGCUACGGAGACAUUGGACACGUGCACUUCACCCAGCCCAAGGACAUGGGCCUUAUGGUCGACAUGGCAAAGGAGCUUCUGAGUCAAGUCAAGAGGCGUGUUGACUACAUCCACAUGCCUGUACCCAGAGACAGAGACGACGAGGCAUAUUUUGCUUCUCUGAAAGACUUGCAAACAUGCAGACGAGAGACUGACGUCUAUCUCGGUUUGGUUCACACAGACGAUCUGAAAGGUACUCUGAAGAGAAUCGAGGCUGCUUCGAAAGUUCUCGACAACUUUGGAGUGGCGACUGAGUGUGGGUGGGGAAGAACUUCUCCUGAAGAUAUUGAUUCAAUCGUCCAAAUUUCGAAUGCUGUGUCGGAAGCUGCAUAA